GGGGAGUUAGACGGGGAUGUUGUACAUCGUGUUGGAGUGGCUUGGGCCAAAUGGCGGUUGGCCUCAGGGGUGUUAUGUGACCCAAAGAUUUCGCCCAGAAUGAAAGGUAAGUUCUACCGAUCCGUAGUCAGACCUUCUAUGUUAUACGGGGCAGAGUGUUGGGCGGUUAAGAAGACUCAUAUGCGUCGUCUGCAUGCGGCGGAGAUGCGGAUGUCACGAUGGAUGUGUGGGAAGACAAGGUUGGAUAGGAUUUCGAACGAAGUUAUCCGACGUCAGGUAGGCAUGACGCCGGUGGAAGAUAAGUUACAGGAAGCGAGGUUGAGAUGGUUUGGGCAUGUGAGACGGCGGGAUGCUGAUGCCCCUGUACAGAGGUGCGAGAGGAUCACGGUUAUCGGGAGAAGUAGGGGAAGGGGUAGACCUAGGAAGAAUUGGAAGGAGGUGAUUAGGCAGGAUUUAGGACUUCUCACCCUGACUGAGGAUAUGGCUUUAGACAGAAACCUUUGGAGGACUAGGAUUAAAGUAGCUGGUUAGAAGCUAGAUGCUGCAGAGGUUUUUUGGUAGUGUGUUGUGUUUGAUUGGAAUCUUCUAUUUUUGCUUGCUGGACUUUCAUUUCAUUGUACUUGGUGCUUUAUCCUGUUAUAUCAUGUUAUAUCCUGCUAUCACGUUAUAUUGUGUUCCCUACAAUAUUUUUUGUGCAGGUUGAGCCGGGGGUCUCUUGGAAACAGCCUCCCUACUUCCGAGUAGGGGCAAGGUAUGCGUACACACACCCUCCCCAGACCCUACUGUAGUGGAAUUCAACUGGCUUGUUGUUGUUGUUCAUAAAAAUUAACCCAGGAU